AUGGUGUUGACAAGAAAUAUGGACCACCGAAUGGAGACGUUGGAAGCUAGGGUAGGAGGAACGGAAGAAGGUGUUCGUCGGAUUGAAACAAAUCUGGCUGAAGUUAUGAGAACCCUUCAGGACAUAGCUCGAGCUGGGAGACCCGGAGGAUCUAACAGUGAUGGCAGUGGAAGCCAAGGAGGAAACAACGACAACAACGCGAGAAUAGUGAGGAACGAAGAAAGAAUGAAAAGGGUGGAGGUCCCUUACUUCUCAAGGGAGGAUCCCUACGGUUGGAUCUUUAGAGCUGAACGGUACUUCAGGGUCAAUCGAAUUCCACCAGAGGAACAGUUGGAGACGGCAUCGAUUUGCUUGGAGGGAGAAGCUUUGAGUUGGUUCCAGUGGUGGGAACCGCGAAACCCAUUGGCGGAGUGGUUGAUCUUCAGAACGGCAGUGUUACAACGUUUUCAUGCAUCUCCUUCUGGAAAUCCAUACGAAGCGUUGAUGGAACUGAAGCAAUUGGGGACGGUGGCUGAGUUCAGAAAACAGUUCGAAGUGUUGUCCGCUCCGUUAGGACAAGCGGAUGAGGAAUUAAUGCAAGCAGCAUUCCUGACUGGGUUGAGACCGGAAAUUCGAGCCGAAAUUCGCUUGCACUCACCUGGAGAUAUUGGGGAGAUGAUGAUCUUGGCUCAACGGGUUGAAGAACGCGAAGCUGUGUUAGGAAGGGGAGAUGGUGGAGUAGGCCGUACAGGGAUUGGGCUUCAUAAUAGUCAUAUGGGGGGAAGUAGGCCCGCGUUGGGAAAUAAGGGAGGUGGGAGUAGAUGGCAACAAAAUGGGCCUGUAACAUCGGCCCAAAGCCCUACAUCCAACACACUUAAUACCCAGGUGUCGUCAGCAGCCAGCCACACCCUCGCGAAUCCUAAUCGCGUUGGGGGGGCUACGAGUGAACUAGGUGCUACUCAACCACCAGGAGCGACAGCCAACGCGUCAGACGGCCGCCGGAGAAACAAUUUCCGUCGACUUUCGUCGGAAGAGGAGGCUGAUCAUAGGCGUCGCAACCUAUGUUUCCGUUGUGGAGGACCCUUUGGUCCUGGGCACGUGUGCCCUAACCCACAGUUGCGCGUGAUGCUUGUGAGCGACGAUGGGGGUGCCGACGGAGAUGAAGAUCCGAUUCAGGAGACAGGGGGCGAGGACCAACUGGAGACCCUUCAACUCAGCAUUCAAAGUGUGGUGGGUAUCACCUCCAACCGUUCGCUGAAGUUAUGGGGGAAGAUUCAGGGCCAUAAGGUGAUGGUGCUCGUGGAUACCGGGGCAUCUCACAACUUCAUUGGGGAGCAUGUGGUAGAUACAGUGGGGAUCCCAUCCAUGCAAUCAAGGUCUUUUCGGGUGGAGGUGGGAGAUGGCCACCGAGUCCAAGGUAUGGGAGUUUGUCAGGGAGUCACUCUAGUCUUGCCUCAUGUGUCAAUCAUUCAAGACUUCUACAUAUUCUGUCUUAAGGGGGUGGAUGUGGUGCUGGGAUUUUCGUGGUUGGAAGGCCUGGGAGACAUUCAAGCUAAUUUUGGGAAAUUAUCCUUACGGAUUCCAUGGAAAGGGAGCAUGGUGACCUUGCAAGGCGAUCCUGAGUUAUCUUAUUGUCAGGUCUCUUACAAGAGCAUGAAUCGCGCAUGGAAGAAGAGCACAGAGGGGUAUUAUAUUGAACUGGGGUAUUCAGCAAUGGAGUUAACUGGUACUCCCGAUGAGGAUCCUCGGGUUGCAGAGCUUCUACUGCAAUAUGAUGAUGUUUUCCAACCCCCCUCAGAACUACCACCUUCUAGAGCAUGUGAUCACAAAAUUCUACUGAAACAGGGGGCAGACACCCCUAAUAUUAGGCCAUAUCGUUACCCCUACUAUCAGAAGGAAGAAAUUGAAAAGUUUGUCAGAGAGAUGUUAGUAGUGGGCAUGAUCAGACCCAGUUGCAGCCCGUAUUCAAGUCCCUUAAUCUUAGUGAAAAAAAAAGAUGGGAGCUGGCGUUUCUGUGUGGACUACAGGGCCUUGAACAAGGUAACUAUUCCUGAUAAGUUUCCUUUACCUGUUAUUGAUGAAUUGCUUGAUGAGUUGCAUGGGGCUGAGAUUUUCUCCAAGUUAGAUUUGAAAUCAGGCUAUAAUCAGAUUCGAAUGAGGGUAGAAGACAUUGAGAAGACCGCAUUUCGUACGCAUGAGGGCCAUUAUGAAUAUCUUGUAAUGCCCUUUGGCUUAAGGAAUGCCCCUUCUACAUUUCAAUCACUGAUGAAUACGGUCUUCAAGCCUUAUCUGCGAAAAUUCGUCUUGGUUUUUUUUGAUGACAUCCUGGUGUACAACAACUCUUUAGACCAACAUUGUGACCAUUUGAAGAUAGUGUUGGAUGUCUUGAGACAAAAUCAUUUCGCUGCCAACAAAAAAAAAUGCACCUUUGUGGAAAACGAACUCGAAUACUUGGGUCAUCUUAUUUCCAAGGAGGGUGUCAAGGCCGACCACCAUAAGUUGGAAGCUAUGUCACAAUGGCCUACUCCCACAAAUGUGAAAGGUCUUCGUGGGUUUUUGGGAUUAACGGGAUAUUACCGGAGGUUUGUGAGACAAUAUGGUCAGGUUGCACACCCAUUGACUCAGCUGCUCAAAAAGGACAGCUUCGUAUGGAGUGAGGAGGCUCAAUUGUCCUUUGAAGCUCUCAAAGCGGAGAUGUUGUUGCUCCCAACAUUAGCACUGCCUAACUUUGAUGAGACCUUCUUUGUGGAGACAGAUGCAUCAGGAGUGGGGAUGGGGGCUGUAUUAAUGCAGGCAGGCCGCCCUAUAGCAUUUCUCAGUAAGGCUUUUUCUGACAAAGAUAAAGUACUCUCGGUCUACGAACGGGAGUUAAAAGCUAUCGUGUUUGCCGUCUACAAGUGGCGUCACUAUUUGUUGGGGCGUCAUUUUGUCAUUACAACCGAUCAUAGGAGUCUCAAAUAUUUGACGGAGCAACGAUUAAUGGUCGAAGGACAGCAAAAGUGGGUGGCUAAAUUGAUGGGAUAUGAUUUUGAAAUACGUUACAAACCCGGAAAGGAAAAUACAGCAGCGGACGCGCUUUCUCGUGUUAUGGAUUGCAAGGAGCUCACCAUGGUCACCAGCCCUGACUUGCAAGGACUGUCUGAAGAGGUUAGUUCUCCCUCGAUCCUCUCCUCAUCUUGCUGCCAUUCUCCAGGAGUUUCACUCCUCUCCUUGGGGUGGCCAUUCGGGGGAAUUGAGGACAUUAAAGCGCGUGGCUGGUGUUUUUUUUGGAAGGGAAUGCGUCAGGAUGUGGCCGCUUUUGUGCGAGCUUGUGCUAUUUGUCAACAACAAAAAUAUGAUCAUUUGAAGCCUGCUGGGUUGUUACAACCGUUGCCUAUUCCUCAACAAGUGUGGGAGGAGUUGUCCAUUGACUUUAUUGGUGGCCUGCCAGUUUCCAAGGGGACGGAUACCAUAUUGGUGGUGGUGGAUAGGCUUUCCAAGUAUGCCCACUUCAUGACUCUUAAACACCCAUAUGAUGCUCAGACCGUGGCUGCUGUGUUCUUGAGGGAAGUGAUUCGGCUGCAUGGAAUUCCCAAAUCCAUUGUGUCGGAUCGUGACAGAAUUUUCAUGAGUAAGUUUUGGGGUGAACUCUUUAAACUAACGGGCACUAAAUUAAAGUUUAGUUCAGCCUAUCAUCCCCAAACGGAUGGCCAAACCGAGGUUGUCAAUCGUACCUUGGAGACUUAUUUGCGUUGCUUUGCUAGUGGACAUCCCAAGGGGUGGGCUAAGUGGUUGUCUUGGGCUGAAUUUUGGUUCAAUACAACAUAUAACAGGUCUAUUCAAAUGACCCCAUUUCGAGCGGUGUAUGGUCGUGACCCGCCAUCUCUUAUUUCUUUUACACCUGGCAGCACAACCGUGGCAGCUGUGGAUACAUGGUUGUUGGCUAGGGAUGCUAUUUUGGUGGAACUAAAACAGAAUUUGUGUCAAGCACAACAGCGAAUGAAGCUGCAGGCUGACAAAGGGAGAAGGGAGGAGAAUUAUGUGGUUGGUGAUACGGUUUUUGUAAAGAUCCAUCCUUAUAAGUUGAGGUCUUUAGCUAGGAGAAUUAAUCAGAAAUUAAGCCCAAGAUUUUAUGGGCCAUUUACAAUUUCAGCAAAGAUUGGACCCGUGGCUUACAGGUUGGAGCUCCCUUCAUAUUCAAAGGUCCAUCCUGUCUUCCAUGUCUCUCAAUUAAAGAGAGCUAUUCAUCCUUCUUUGGUGGUACUACCCCUGCCUAGGUGCUUGUCUGCUGACUUAGAGUUACAGUUACAACCGGCUGCUGUUUUGAAAGCUCGUCGUCUCCUGGAUGGUACGAGUGAAAUAUUGGUACAAUGGGCAGAGUUGGAUGAUUGUGAUGCUACAUGGGAGCCAUUAGAGGAGUUUCAAGCUGCAUUUCCUUAUUUUCACCUUGAGGACAAGGUGGAUUUUGAAGAAGGGGGUAUUGAUGGGCCUCUCAAGCCAUAUGUCCAAGUGUACAGUCGAAAGGCCCAUAGGAGGAAGGGUAUGGACACAUCACAGUUAGUUACUGAUGGGGACACAUGGCAAGCGAUGAAUGGAGAGGAAGAUAUUGGAGAAAUGGGAAAAGAGGACCACUUUGCAAAACAUCAAAAAAUGGCUAUAAAUCUGAAGUACAUUGAUCCUACCUACAUGAUCCGUGCUGUUCCAAGUAUUGCUUCUGAUAAUGUGUAUUGCACUCUCCUUGCUCAUAGUGCUGUUAAUGGUGCAAUGGCUGGAUACACAGGCUUCAUAGUUGGCCCGGUCAAUGACAGACAUGCUUAUAUUCCAUUUUAUCGGAUAAAUGAGACACAGAAGAAGGUUGUGAUAACUGAUCGCAUGUGGGCAAGGUUACUAUCUUUAACCAAUCAGCCUAGCUUCUGGAAUCCUAAAGAUAUCAUUGGAGAAAGUAAAGAAAGAACUCAACACCAAAAACCAGAUGGGGAGAUUCAUACUGUUAUCUCUUAA